CAGGUAUUGCACUGAGGGUUAUUGUCCAAUCAUACUGUCGUGGGUUAAGUGUUCAUCAAUAUAGACAAAAUAUAGAUUGUCUAUGUUAAAGUACACACAGAAACCACUUUUAUACUGAAUUAUAUAUUGUUCAGAACAAGCAUAACAUUUCAAACCAGCAUAACGGUUUGCUUCAAGUCCAACCUUGCAUACUUUCAAUAAGCAGCUUUUUCUAUGCAUUAUAUAUUUUCAAUAACAAAACAUUAAAGCUCAGGAAACUAUAAUACUCUGAUGAAUGAUGAUCUCAUUCUCCUCCCCUGGUGUUCUGACAUUGUACAGUAUGUUUGCUUUAUCCUCAUACACCACAUUCCACUCAUUACAGACAUUACUGAUAUGUUCCAAAUUAGAUGUCCUUUGUGACUUUGUAUUUACUUUAUCUCAUAAAAAUGCUCACAUUUAAUUUGUUCAGUGUGCUCUCCCCCUGCUUUACCCCAUGUUUGACAAUCAUUUAGCUGUAAUUUAGUAACAUGUCAUAUUAGGCAAAUUAUAUUGUUUAGUUUGGUGAUUUUCUGCUGCUUUUUACUUCUACUCCACUGCAAUGCAAAGAGGAAUUUUGCACUUUGAAAACUGGACAACUGUUGCUUUGAAAAGUAAAGUCUAUAAUUAUAACAUUUAAUUCUGCCUCAUUAAUAAUUAGAGGGUUUUUUGUAAUAUGUGAUUUUUUUGUCUAGAAGGUGAUUGAUACAUCUGUGACAUUUAGACACAAAGCCAGUGAAACAAGCCAACACAAGCAUGCUCUGGCAUGAUCAGACAUGCUAUGUGACUGGAGUGGGAAACUGUGAAUUUGAGACUAUCAUCAUGAGAGUGUUAACUGUCAGCAGUCAGACAGAGCAGGAGCGCCCGUGACAGUGGAGUGCUUUGAUUCAUGCUGUUGUGGAACCUCCUCUUUGGAAUUACGGAAUAGUUAAUGCGGCCGGAACAGAGCGCAUGAAGGAGGAGAAGAUGAAUGUGGAGGCUCUAAGCAGAGCAGAGCUGCUUACUCUCCUUAGCAUCUUGGAGGGAGAGCUGGAGGCCCAGGAUGUGGUCAUACAUGCCCUCAGGGCUCAGCACAGAGAUGCUUUUGUUCAGGAGCGCUACAGUCAGUAUGACCUCAGCGAUCCAUUCCUGGCCUUGCAGCGUGACAGUGAAGUUGUGGAGAACACACUCCCCCAGCCUCACACACAAACGCAUGGCCGUGCAGUGGGCCCAAACCCUCUGGCUGUGCUUAAACUGGUCAUGGCUCACUGCAAGAGGAUGCAGGAGAGGAUGAUGGGGCAGCUGGCUGCUGCUGAGAGCCGACACAGAAGGAUAAUAGCUGAUCUGGAAGAGGAGAAACGACGGCAUGCCCAGGACUCUGCACAGUCCGACGAUUUCACCUUGAUGCUGCAAACAGAAAGAAGCAAACUUCUACAACAGUUGGAAGUUGAACGUGCAACGGUGAAGAGGUUAGAGAAGGAGCGAGCAGAGGCAGUGAGCAAGAUGGAGGAGUCAGCGUCCCAGCAGCAGCAGCUCUCAUCAUCUCUGACUCUAGAGCUCCAAAAAGCCAGCAGCCAGGUUCAGGAGGAGGCUCAGAAGGUCUCCCAACUUCGUACCUUGCUCCAAGAAGAAACCAGUUCCCUGGAAAAGCUCCGGGGGCUCCUUGAAAAUGAGAAGAGCAAGGCAGCCCAUCUAGAGGCCAGAUCUGAGAGCCAGCUGGCUGAGUUUGACACAGAAAGAAAGCAGAUGAAAGCCAGGAUCAGCAAAGAGGAGGGGAGGAGUAGUGAGCUUGAGAAGCAGGUGGAAGAGCUGAGAAAGAGGUUGGCUCAGCCUGAAGGAUGUAAAGAAGCAGAAAAGGAGCCUGUGACAGAAGUCAAGGAGUCAUUUUCCAAGGACAAAAUGGUUUCGACCUCUGCUCAGACUGAGCCAGAUGGAAAAGUAAAUGUCCCUCCUAAACCAACCUCAGUGUCAAAGGUCAAUGGCCAGUACACUCAUAAAGACACAGAACUGACAGGGGAAGGGAGAGGAACAGAAAAUGGAGGUGUGGUGGAGAAUGGGGGAGGAGCACCUUUGCAUUCCCCUCUUCACCAUCAUCCUCACCAUCAUCCUCCCUCCCCAUCCAGCACAGCCUCCUCUUCUCUCUCCUCUUCCCCCAUUUCCUCCCCUAGUCCUGUCAAGCGUCUGGGCAGCCCAGGCUUCCAUCAGUCAUCCUACCAGGCUGGAGUCAACCAGAGAUUCCAGGCUGCCAGGCACAAGUUCCAGAGCCAGGCUGAGCUGGAGCAGCAGCAGCAUGGAGGCCCUCUGUCCCCCAGGGACCUCUCGCCCACCACCUGCUGCAUGCCUACUCCACCAGAGCACAGCCCAGCUAAGCAGCUGGCCCGCAACACUGUCACUCAGGUGCUGUCCCGCUUCACCAGCCAGCACGCUGGAGUCAAGCUGGCACCGAUCAGCAGCUCUCCAUUUGGUACAGACUACCGCAAUAAAGCAGCAUCUCCUCCAGGGGCGAGGUCUCCUUCUUCAGGGCCCCUAUCUCCAGGCAUCCGUUCCCCCCUUACCCCACGCUCAGAGCGGAUUCAUCAUCCUCCAACACCUCCCAAGAAGCCUGGCAUGAGUCCAGCUCCAGGCUCCCCAAGUCACUCUGCCUGCCCCAGCCUUUUCCCAGAGCUAACAGGGAACUGUGGGCAGGAGGGAGCCAAGGAACCAGACCUGCUUUUAUCUUCUAGCAGCUAAUAGCCAGAUCAUGCAAACUAACUGCUAAGAGUUAGGUCUAAAUCAGCACUUAGUGUAAUAUCAUCUCUGCCGGCCCUUGAACCCACUUCAGAGUACCCAUAAUCAGAAGACACUUCAAAGCUGGCCCGGUUCAAACUGAUGAAAUUAGGAGUUUGUUGCACCCCUACCUCUAUACCCCAACCUGAGAAACAAUCGAAAAAGAAAUGUUUGAAAUAAAAUAUUGUAUAUUAUGGAUUC